GUGGCUCUGCCGUCGCCAGCCGCCUCAAUAACGCGCAUCCCACACGCUUUCGUAUGUCAGUUGAGCUGCAAGCCCCGAAAAUUGCGGACCAACAUGCCGGAACUGAAAUCAGAGAUAAAAGCAGUAUUUUCCAUCAAUGGAAAGCAGUAUGAAGUGGACAGUUCAAUUCCUCCAAAUACGUCACUCAAUACUUACAUAAGAGACUAUGCAAACCUCAAAGGAACAAAAGCAAUGUGUCAUGAAGGUGGUUGUGGAGCAUGCAUUGUCAUGCUUACAAAGAAACAUCCUGUUAGUAAAAAGGAGCAAUCUUUUGCAAUCAACUCUUGUCUGAUGCCAGUAUUUUCAUGCCAUAAUUGUGCUGUAACAACAAUUGAGGGAAUUGGAAAUGCAAAAAUUGGUUAUAAUACAGUGCAGAAAACUCUGGCUGCAUUCAAUGCUACUCAAUGUGGUUACUGUUCCCCUGGGAUGGUAAUGAACAUGUACAGUUUGCUGCAAAGUGGGAGAGAUGUAACAAUGGAGGAUGUUGAAAAUUCUUUUGGUGGUAAUAUAUGCCGUUGCACUGGAUACCGACCAAUACUGGAUGCCUUCAAAUCCUUAUGUACAGAUGCUACAGCUGAGCUCAAGCAAAAGAUUCCUGAUAUAGAGGACUUUGCAGAAAAAAUUUGCAAAAAGAAUGGAAAACCAUGCAAGAAACUUUGCACUGUUGAAAAUGGGGUCUGCACUCAACAAACAGUGCCCUCAUUAUUACACGUAGAGCUGCAUUCAACAGAAUGGUACAAAGUUGAAACAAUCAACAGUAUUUUCAGUAUACUGGAGAGCAAAUCAAAUAAAAACUACAUGCUUGUAGCUGGUAACACAGGUCACGGUGUGUAUCGGAGAGAUCCUGACAUUGAAAUAUUCAUAGACAUUAGUGAUGUCUCGGAGCUCAAAGGACACAGCAUCAAUUCUCAACUGAUUAUUGGAGGAAACAUGACUCUAACAGAAGCUAUGGAAUUAUUUUACAAUAUUUCAAAGACUAAUAAAAACUUCAGCUACACUAAAGUGCUGGCAGAUCAUAUAGAUUUGGUUGCAAAUGUUCCAGUCCGAAAUGCUGGAACUAUUGCUGGAAAUCUCAUAUUAAAACAUGAGCACCCAGAAUUUCCAUCAGAUAUUUUCCUGAUGUUGGAGGCUGUUGAUGCAAAAAUUGAUAUAAUUGACAAGACUGGAGCACAGACUACUGUCAGUCCACUGGAGUAUUUGGAAGUUGACAUGAAGCAGAAGAUUAUAAAGAGCAUUACUUUGCAGCCCUAUGAUGAUAAUUAUUUCUUGAAAACAUACAAGAUUAUGCCUAGAGCUCAAAAUGCACAUGCUUAUGUAAAUGCAGGAUUUUUAUUUAACUUGCAUAUGAAGGAUGUUGGCAAAAUAAUUUCCAGGCCUAGAAUAGUGUUUGGAGGCAUUUCAGCUCAGUUGGUACAUGCUGCAGAAACAGAGAUAUUCUUGGAGGGUAAAAAUAUUUUUGAAUUGGACAUCCUACAAGAAACACUGAAAAUUUUAGAUUCUGAGCUUACACCUUCAGAGACACCACUGGAGGCUUCACCAGAAUACCGUAAGAAUUUGGCUGAAGCUUUGUUAUACAAGUGUGUGCUGAGUAUAUCUCCGGAAACAGUAAGACCUGUACUCAGAAGUGGAGGUGAACUGCUGAAGAGGCCAUUGUCAUCUGGGAAACAAGACUAUGACAUACAUAAGGAAUUGUGGCCCCUUGGAAAGCCAGUGCCAAAAAUUGAAGCUCUUGUGCAAUGUUCUGGUGAAGCAAAGUAUGUGAAUGAUGUACUCACUAUUCCUGGUGAAUUAUAUUGUGCAUUUGCUGUAACUGAAAUUGCAAAUGGUCAUAUCAGAAGUAUAGAUGCCACAGAUGCUUUGGCUGUUCCAGGUGUAGUUGCUUUUUAUGAUGCAAAAGACAUACCAGGAAAGAACAACUUUUUUCCUAGAAUGAUUUUUAGUUGUGAAGAUGAAGAGCUAUUCUGUUCUGGGAAUGUUAAGUACAAUGGACAACCAGUGGGGAUUGUUGUAGCACAAUCUCAUGAUACUGCAGUCAAGGCUGCUAAGUUGGUGAAGAUAGACUAUGAUGUUGUAAAUAAGCCUGUAAUUCACUUGAGAGAGGUAAUAAAGUCUGGUGAUAAAAGUAGAAUGUAUGUAGCAGGAGAAAUGAAGCCAACAGAAACUGGACGAAAAGAGAAGACUAAGCAUGUAAUUAAGGGCAGCUUUGAUGUGGGUUCCCAAUAUCAUUACACAAUGGAAACACAGUGUGCUGUGUGUAUCCCAUCUGAAGAUGGAUUGGAUGUCUACCCUGCCACACAAUGGAUGGACUUAACUCAGAUUGCCAUAUCAGAGGCACUAAAAAUACCAGAAAACAGCAUCAACAUGCAAGUAAGGCGACUUGGUGGCGGUUAUGGAGCAAAGAUAUCACGCAAUACACUGGUGAGCACAGCCUGUGCAUUAGCUGCAUAUCUUCAAAACAAGCCAGUUAGAUUCAUAAUGACACUUGAAGCAAACAUGGAAUCAAUAGGGAAAAGGUUAGACUGUGCUAUGGAUUAUGAGGUUGGUGUAGAUGAUGAUGGAGUCAUAACUUACUUGGAAGCAAAGAUGUAUCAUAACUGUGGUGCUCAUAGGAAUGAUAGUUCUGCAGGUGUUGCACUUGAAUCAUUCAAGAACUGUUACGAUAACAGCACUUGGAAUGUUACUGCAUACAAUGUCAUCACAGAUGUUGCAUCUAACACAUGGUGCAGAGCGCCAGACUGAAACAAAUUACUUGGACAGACUAGCAGCUGUCAAGAAAUUCAAUAUGGAAAAUCGUUGGAGGAAGAGAGGAAUUGCAGUUGUCCCAAUGACAUACGGGUUUCAGUAUUUUGGAAAUUUCUAUGCCCAUGUGUCAAUUUAUGCUCGUGAUGGAACAGUUUCUGUGGCUCAUGGUGGAAUUGAGUGUGGGCAAGGAGUAAACACAAAGGUUGCCCAAGUGUGUGCUCAUGCAUUAGGAAUACCUCUAGAAUUUGUGAGUGUAAAACCAUCAAAUGUCCUGACAGCUCCUAACAACAUGGUGACAGGUGGAAGUAUUGCAAGUGAAUCAUGUGCAUAUGCAACAGUGCGUGCUUGUGAAGAACUAAUGCAACGACUGGCACCUGUAAAAGCCAAACUAGAAAACCCGACUUGGAAGGAGCUUAUUGCUGCAGCAUAUUCAGCAAAUGUAGAUCUCUGUUGCAGUUUCAUGAUGUAUGCUGGUAUUGCAGACACAAUAACUCCAUAUAAGGUUUAUGGUGUUACUAUAGCAGAAGCAGAAAUUGAUGUACUGACAGGACAACAUCAGUUACUACGUGUAGAUGUACUGGAAGAUGCUGGUGAGAGUUUGAGCCCUGAGGUUGACAUAGGUCAAGUGGAAGGAGCCUUUGUUAUGGGCCUAGGCUAUUGGCUGGAAGAAUUCAUGGUUUAUGACGACAGUACUGGGAAGGCACUAACCAACAGGACAUGGAAUUACAAGCCACCUGGAGUUAAGGACAUUCCAAUAGACUUCAGAAUACAACUAAGAAAAAAUGCACCCAAUCCUGUGGGUGUGCUUCGUUCAAAGGCUACUGGUGAACCACCACUCUGCAUGAGUAUUGCUGGCUUAUUUGCAGUACAAGAAGCUGUAUUAGCUGCCAGACAGGAUGCUGGUGGUGAUGAAAAGUGGUUUGAGAUGAAUCCUCCUGCAACACCAGAGAGAGUUUUCCUCACAAGCAAGACUGACUAUAAAAAUUUGGUUCUGUAAUGGUAGGAGGUACAGAAUUCUGUUAAUGCUGGGAAAGAGAUACUGCUGACUGUUUCUAAACUCAAGAUGUUAAUUCCUGUUUAUAUUUUGUGAAAUAUUUUGUGCUGUAUACUCACAUAUUGUUCGUAAAACCUUAAAUUUUUCUUAGCAUUUAAUGUACAGAAAAUGUAUAUCCACUGUUGAAAUUUUGAAAAGAUUUUUUUAUAUUGAUUGGAGAAUGUUGUAAAUAAAUGUCAUAUUAUUCUUGAAUAUUUUUAA